GUGUGUGUGUGUGUGUUUGUGUUGGUGUGCGUCUGUGUCCUUUAGUGAGAACAGACACAAACAACGAUGGCAGCAGAGGACGAAAAUAGGAAAUUAUCCGAUAUAUUUGAUGAAGGGUUGGACUUAUUUAAUAGAGUUUCAAAGACAGAUGAAGCGACCAAUAGUUCUAAUGUACAGGCAGAGAUCAAAAAGUGUAUGCACUUACUCGAAGAUGCUACACGAUUAGUCUCUUUAGCUGGAAUAUUUUCAUCAAAUGAAAGUGUCGAGGAAGUUCCUACCAGCAAUAUAAAAUAUUUCUUAAUGCCAGCGUUGUUGGGUACAUUAUCUUUAAAGUUAUGUGUUGCGGAUCGUCUUGAAGUAAUAACAACAGCUGAAGUAUACUUCCGUGACUUUCUGCAAAGAGUGAAAGAUUAUGGUGUGGCAGAUAUAGAAAUUCCACCUGCUGUUGAGAUUCCAGAUGAAGAUUCAGCCACUGAUAUGGUUAAUGCUAUGCAUACCAACAGAGGCAUGGAUGUAGCAGCCAUGGCCAGACAACGAUUUGCCAAAAUUGAAAGGUUUAAGCAACAAAAAGAGCUUGAGAGCCAGAUGCAAACUCUUCGUAAGGCAAUGGAAAAUGAGACAGUUGAUGAGGAUAUUAAGCGAAAUUAUUUCCUUACCAUGUGUAAAUCAUUUGCAAGUCAAGCUUUGGAUGAAUUGAGCUGUCUUGAUUCUGAAAAACCACUUCUAGCACAUAGAGCUAAUCUGAAAAAACAAGAGGCAUUGGGCAAAUCAGAGGAUGAGCAUGAAAGGGAAAAAAGACCAAAGUAUACUCCAAGACGUCCCCUUAUGCCUGUCAUCAUAACAAAAGAUGAAGUUCAAAAGAGAGUCUUUGGUGCUGGUUACCCAUCUCUUCCUACAAUGACAGUUCAAGAAUUUUAUGAACAGCGUAUAAAUGAUGGCAUAUGGAAACCUCCUGGGCAAGGCCAGUCAAUGCAAAAUAUGGCAGCUGAAGAGGCUGAUGGCCUGAAGGAGCAGAUUGCAGAGCAAGAGGCAGCUGCUAAGGAGGAGAAGGUUGAAGCAGAUGACCCAGAAUUGCUUGCUCAGGCAAGGAACUGGGAUGAUUACAAGGAUACUCAUCGAACCGGUUGGGGCAACCGUAUGAAUAGGAGUUAAUAAAUCCUAUGCAGUCUUGUAGACGGCAAGCUAGGAUAGUGUCAUUUCUUAAUUCAGUACCUGUGUGUAACAAGGCGCAUUGAGAGUUUUGUUUGUUCUUGGGCAGCUGAUUUAGUGACCAGCUGUUUGUAUUGUUUCCAUCAAUUGUCAUUUAAUUAAGUACUAAGUCUGGUACAUGAUUGAUAAAUAUCCAUAGAUUAGGAGAGAUGGAUUUCUCUUCAGUAUUAAGUUUGCCAGAGGUCAGCAAACUUUUUCUCAAAUGAGACAGAAUGAGACUGAAACUGUAAUUUCACUUCUUGGAUUGUUUAGCUACCUUAAACUAAAAGAAAUUCUUAUACUUUUUGUGCUGGUACAGUAAAUAAAUGAGUAAAAAUGUUCCUUAGGU